GUCAGAAAGCAUGUGGCCGAAGGUGGGAGCACUGCUGACCAUAAUCGCCUUUCUACUGUUCCUCAUCAGUUUCGGAGCGCCUCAUUGGGCUAAAACCGAUCCCUUAUAUAGUACAAGGGACGAACACAUAGAUUGGCAUAAAGCGGCGCAGUCUUUUAUGACAUUGGCUUUCUUCUCUUUCCUCCUUGCAAUAGCUACAAUCGUCCUCCUCGUAUUCGUAGAUACAAUUAAACAUAGACACAUUCUCGCUUUGAUAGGUCUUGGAGUAACGGGUUUAUUCUUGAUCGUGGGAAUAGGAACGUGGGCUGGAAAAUACAACGACUAUUUUAACUUUCAGGAGAAAAUUCCCUUUAGAACGGUUCAAAUUGGUCAAUUAUCAUGGGCUUUUUAUUUAGCAGUAGUCUCUUGUGUUUUUACAUUUGGAGCACUUUUUAUGGUUUUAAUAGAUAUGGCAGUCGAGAAAGAAGAUGAUGAUUAG